GUGGCGGGAGGGAGAGAUUCCGCGCGGUUGCCCCCUUUCCUAAGCACAGAGAGGCUGUGCCCAGUUCCCGCCCCAGACCAUCCUGGGAACUUUUGCGGUAAUUAGGAGGGGGAGGGGGCGCCCUCGGCGCGUCCCGGUUCUUCCGUGCCCGGCCAAAUAAACCUCCGUGGGUAUACCCUGCUACUGUCUCGUUUCUUCCCUAUGGCAGGGUUUGUAUUGGCCAAGUGAGCGGGGGAAUCUUGAUAACGAGUCACGUGUACCUUCCAGGAUAUGAGGUCCUGCAGAUUGAAGACUUAAAUCCAAGGUCAUGGCAAAACAUCUGAAGUUCAUUGCCAGGACUGUGAUGGUACAAGAAGGGAACGUGGAAGGUGCAUACAGGACUCUGAACAGAAUCCUUACCAUGGAUGGGCUCAUUGAGGACAUAAAGCGACGGCGGUAUUACGAGAAGCCUUGCCGUCGGCGACAGAGGGAAAGCUAUGAAACCUGCCGGCGGAUCUACAACAUGGAAAUGGCUCGCAAGAUCAACUUCUUGAUGCGAAAGAAUCGGGCAGAUCCAUGGCAGGGCUGCUGAGGCCUGUGGACAGGAGGCCCAGUAUGAAAACCCUUAUCCAGUUGUCUGCACCUCUUUUCUUCCUCCAAUCCCAUUUACCUUUCUUAAAAUAAACUCAAUCACAUAUAUGCAAGAAGCAA